AUCAGCGCACAGACUGCUUUCACACGUUGCGCCUGUCAAACUACAAAGAUGAAACUCGCCGCUUCGGCGCCUGAAGAGCGUGACGAGGAGGGCUUGGGCGGCAUCACCUUCACCAAAAAGAAAGAAACCAUCGCUGUGACUGCGGCACUGGCCUGGGGCUCGCUGGGCUGUAUUUAUGGCGAUAUCGGCACCAGCCCCCUGUACGUGUAUAGCACGAUAUUUUCCAGCUCGGAGCCAAGCCAGGCCGACAUCCUGGGCGCAAUCAGCCUCAUCUUUUGGACGUUGACGCUGAUCGUGCUGGUCAAGUAUGUGGGCGUGGUGCUCCUGGCCGACGAUGAAGGAGAGGGUGGGACGUUCUCGCUGUACUCGCUGCUCUGCCGCAAGAUCGGCAUCCGCCCCCACGACGUCAUGUUUCGGGGCGAGAGCCGCAUGAUGCGACACCUCGGGUCCUCCAGCACCGGCGGCAGCCAACUCCGCCGCACAAGCGGCAGUGGGACUCGCGGCGCCGGCCUCCGACCCAGCGGUGAUGGCACGCUGCGCCGCCUCAGCACCACGCCCCAAGACGCCGCCGCCGCUCGCAGCCCCGACACUACUCUCACCCUUGCCACAUCAGCAUCCCGGGUCGCCGCCACAGCAGCGCCGCACCCGCACCCGCAGCAGCCGCGCCGUGUCUGGUGGCGCCGCUGGGCUGCCAGCGGCACUGCAGUGCGGGCGACACUGCGGCGCAACCGGGCGGCGCAGAUGGGUCUGUGGGUCACGACCAUGGCUGCUACUGGCAUGGUGCUGGGAGACGGCGUGCUCACACCCGCCGUCUCAGUCAUGUCAGCUGUGUCUGGUCUCAAGGAGGCGACUGACGCGGUCACUCAGCAGACGGUGGUGGGCGUGAGCAUUGCGGUGCUGGUGCUGCUGUUCAGUGUGCAGAGAUGCGGCACCUCCAAGGUGUCCUCCACGUUUGCGCCCAUCGUGGCGUUGUGGCUGUGUGCCAAUGCGGGAGUGGCAGCAUACAACUUGGCCCUGCACGGCGGCGGCGCGCUGGCGGGCCUGAGCCCGCACCACAUCCCGCUCUUCUUCGCGCGCCGCGGUGUGGAGGCGUGGCGCAUGCUGGGCUCCGUCAUGCUGUGCGUGACGGGCGCCGAGGCGCUGUACGCGGACCUGGGGCACUUCACGCACCGCUCCGUGCUGGCCAGCUUCUGCCUUUUCGUGUACCCGUGCCUGGUGCUGACGUAUGUGGGUCAGGGCGCCUACCUCAUGUCGCGGCCGGAGGACGUGUCAGACACCUUUUGGAAGUGUGUGCCCAGGCCUUUCUUCUACCCCAUGCUGGUCCUAGCCACCCUGGCCUCCGUGGUAGCCAGCCAGGCGCUUAUCACCGGCUGCUUCUCAAUCAUUUCAAACGCCAUCAAGCUGGGCGCCUUCCCCAAGCUGUCUGUGCUGCACACCUCGGAGCACGUGCGCGGCCAGGUGUAUGUGGCGGAGAUCAACUGGAUCCUCAUGCUGCUGUGCAUUGGCGUGGUGGCAGGCUUCCAGGACACGGUAGCCCUGGGCCUGGCCUACGGUCUUGCCGUGUCGAGUGUGUUCGUGCUGACCACCCUGCUCAUCCUGGUCGUGAUGGUGGCGGUGUGGGAGGUCAGCCUGGCACUGGUCGCGCCCUUCGCGCUGGUCUUCCUCGCCAUUGAGCUAGCCUUCCUGUCCUCCAACCUGGCAAAGGUGCCUGAGGGAGCCUGGUUCAGCCUGGCGGUGUCCGCGGGCGGCAUCUACGUCAUGACCAUCUGGUGGGUGGGCAGCACACGCCGUGCGCUACUGCUAGCCGCCAGCGCCGGCCGAAACCGCCUGUCCGAGCUCUUCGUCAUGAUGCCGCUACAGCCGCAGCAGUCGCACAUGGCAGCGCCGGCAGCGCAGGUGCCGCAACCGCAGCAGGUGCGGCGUGAAGCGCCGCGUGCCAUUGCCGAGUCCCUGGAGGAUGGACACCAGCAGGAGGCGGAGCAGCAGGAGAUGCAAGGCGCCGCCCACUCACCCGCCGGUGCCGACGCUGCUGCUGCCUGCACUACCACCGCUGCAACGCCUCAGCCUGCUGCUGCUCCCGGCGCCUCUAGCGGCGGCGGCCUGUUGCACCCCGAGCGUGAGAUUGUCACAGCCUCCAACACCCCCUCCUCGGGCACACACGGCUCAGCUACACCCGCCGACGGUGGUGCCAUCGGCCAUCUGCCGUCGCGGCGCCGCACGGCCGCCACCGCCACCUCUGCUUUUGCCGCUGCUGCUGGCAUCUCCGGUCGCGGCGAUGGAAAUGCCGCCGUACCAACUUCACAUCCCCACAAGAGCGACAGCCUCAGCAGGGGCAGCCCCGCGCAGCUGCUGGCGGCCGUGAGCGCGCGCCUGUCCAUGUGGCGGCCUGUGCAGCUGGCGCUACGCCUGCCGCCACAGCCGCUGCUGGGUGCCGAUGGGUCCGCCGCAGUGGGAAGUCAGGGCCUGGGACUGGGCGCGGAUGGGGCGGGUGCCGAGCAGCAACAGCAGCAGCAGCUGUGGCCUCUGUCCCGGCAGCCGGGCAUUGGUCUGUACUACAGCGAGACGCCGGUGGGGCUGCCGCACGUGCUCAUCCACUUCCUGCGGAAUGUGCAGUCGGUGCACGACGUGUCUGUGUUCCUGACCGUGCGGGUGGUGCCGCUGCCGCACGUGCAGCCGGUGGAGCGGCUGCUGGUCCGCCAGCUGGCGCCCUUCCCCAACUUCUACCAGGUGGUGGCGCGCUACGGCUACAUGGACCGAGUGGAUCACGGCGCGGCCUUCAUCCGCCAGGUGGUGAGCGGCAUUGUGCGUGUGCUCCGCGGCGGACCCGCAGUAGCCGCCGACGUCUCGACAGUGGUGGCAGCGACCGGCGGCGGCACUGGUGCUGAUACUGCCGCCGCUGCCGCGGCAGCAGCUGGAGACGGUAUCGCGGGCAGCGGCAGUGGGAGCAGCGGCGGCGGUGCAGGUGGCUUCCGCUUCGUGACCCGCAACCGGCGCAGCAACGGCCAUCGGGGGAGCCGGCUGUCAGCGGCAGCCAGCAGGCGUGGCGUGGGCGGCGUUUCUGCGCCUGCUGGAGAGGAGCAGGAGCGGCAGGGGGGCCAGGCGGGACAGCAGCCGGAGCAGCCGCAGGGAGGGUGGUCACUCUACGGCAUGGGCCUGUCGCGGCAGGGCGGCAUGGUGCUACAGCCUGGGGAAGUUGAUUUCAUCAGCAGCAGCAGCAGUAGCAGCGACCGAGGCUACAACUCGGCUGUGGAAGAAGACUCCGAUACAGAGGACGAGGACGAGGUGGAGGCUGUUCCGGGUGUGUCCGCAGCCGUCGCGCACAGCAGCAAUGUCAGUGGUGGAGGUGUAGGCACUGCUGGUGGCAACACGGGAGGCACUGGCGGCGUGGAGCUGAGCGAGGUGGUGGUGGUGGCGGCGCAUACCGCACAGGUGCGGGCCGACCACGCGCCAGCACCCCAACCGCCAGCAGCGCUUCCCAGCCCCUCCACCGGCGCGCCGCCGCCUGUGUCGCUGCCUGCUGCACCGGCGGCGCUCCAGGCUUCGCGGUCGCGGCCGCGGCUGGCGCGGGCGGCGCUGGGCGUCACUUCCCAGCUGCCCUCGGGUGGGCGGGUGGUUGUGGACGAGGCAGCGGUGGCGCACGUGUUGGAGGCCGCCCGACACGGCGUGGUGUACUACCUGGGCGCUGUGCGGGUGCGGCCGGAGCCCGGCAGCCCCCUUCUGGCGCAGCUGCUGUUCGGUGCCACCUACCGCCUGCUGCUGGGGCUGAGCCGCAGCGAGGUGGAGGACUGGCGGCUGCCGUACGAGCACGUGGUGGAGCUGGGCAUGGUGCUCAGGAUUGGGUAGGGGGCAGAUGGGAACCCAGGAUAGAAGCAGGAGCACGGGACAGGGUUGAUGGGGGCAGGCAUGGGCGAGAAGGAGACUAGGUGAUUGUUAAGAGGAGCUGACGUUAGCGCACCGUAUGAGCUCUGCAGCAGGGGCGGCUACCGCGUUGGUAUCGGGAGUACGGUAGCGUUCACGGAGCUGUACUAAAAUGGUGGUUUUAAGUGGAGCUUCUAGGUAAACUGGAACGGAACAGGUUUUGAGGGGGAAGGAAGCUAUGGGCUGGUGAGGGUAGGCGAAGGCCGAGGAGAGAACGGCAGUGAGAACUAACCGCCGUGCGUGAACGCGGCUUGGAAGACGGACCGUACUUGAUGCACCGUCAUCGUGGGAGUUGUUAUUUUACUUUGCGUUUGGCAUUUUAGCCGUGAACGGCUCUGGUGCCGAGGGCUAUUUGUCGUUUCCCACCCUACUUGCUUUACGCACAUGGAGGCUUGCUACCUAGCGCGGUUUUGAGUCAUUCUUUUCUUUUCGUCCCGGGGGGUGGUCUCUGUCCGGUUAUCAGGAAUGGCCGGCAGACCCCUCUUGGUUGAUAGGCGGCGGGAAAUUAGCUAGACGGCCGCGGGGCUGGGGCCAAGGGAAGCGGCAUGCGACCGGCGGGUUAGGCACGCCGCCCAAGUCAGGGCACAGCCGCUUGCCCCCCAAUAUCCAUUUGCCCUCCCCAGGUGAUGAAACGCAUGCAAACGUGAGCAAGACGGUGAUCUGACGGUGGUCAUGACUUACAAUGGGAGUUUUAGAAGGUUGUACUUCGUUGGUAAUUGUCACGAUUACGAAGCUCGCCCUCAGCAGCCCUCCACUUCAAAAUGCGUAGUGUCUGGUGUGAGGUUCAUGAUGAGGCCGGCAGGUCCGUGCUGAACGCGCUGGGCCGUUUGCUUCAUGUGCAGCACGUGCGUGCGUGCAUUGGCCAACCUGGUGCCACGGCCUAUACCUUUCACUGGUCCCGUGGUGUGUAAUCGUGCGCACCGCUCGGCCGCGCUGGCGCUCUCAUCAAAUCGCACGGGCGGGAUUCACAGAUGUGUUCAAGGGAGCGCGUUGUCAACAGGUGAAGUCAAGUUGUCCAUUCUCCACAUGCGAUGCCAGACGGCGGCUUACUGUGCAGGAGUGCGCAUGAGGAUUUUGCGGGGGGGGGGUUCAUUCGCAAGCAGCACGCACUGCGCGGCUGUUUGGGUGUUUACAAUGCCGCCGCUGCAUAGACUGUGCACAUGCUACAUGUGCGUGUGGAAGCCUGUCAACCCCACGGAAGGCCUGUCCCAUGGGGCAACUAGGAAACCCAAGCCUCGGUGUGCUGCAAUGAGAGGUAGUGUUAAGAAACACCGAGUUUGUUGAUAGAGUGCCAAGUGGGAAUGAAAUUGCUUAGGGACUCGGAGACUGGGACUCUCCUGGCCCUUGCCGCCGUUGGACUUCUUGGGCAGCAGCACGGCGUGGGUGUUGGGCAGCACACGCCCGAGGCGAUGAUGCUGGCGCUUACGGCGGCACAGUGGGUGGCGGUAAAGCAGGCGGCAGCAGCCGGCCAAAGCGGAGGCGGAUCGCCAGCAGCAGGCCGUAGCGGCAGUCGGACCUCGAGGAGGAUGACUGACUGAGCAGCUGUGUGCGGCAAGCUACGUGCGCGUAUUGUUGUUCCCCGGCUUUGAACGUUACGCCAGUGGUUCGUGGGAAUUGCGGGCGUGGCCGGAUUGCGUGAGAGGUUUCGCGGCACGCAGAGCGCCGCGCCGGCGAGUGGUGCCGCGCCGGCGAGUAACAUGGCGCGUGCAAUGGGCGCGUUGAAUUAAAUGCGUUGUUUGC